CUCCCCCCCCCAAAAAAAAACCCGCGUAGCGUCCAUCUCUGAGGCCAGACGGGAGCGAGAGAGAGAAAGACAAAGACGGACGCGGCAACGACUACAACAACAACAACAACGAAACAAACAAAACAACGGAGACUGGGAAACAAACAAACUCGCCCGUGGCGGAGGGAGGAGGCGAGGAGGAGGAGGAGGGAGGAGGAGGAGGAAACGACGCGGGCGGGAAAGCCGGCGCCGUUAUGGCGACUAAACGAAAGAGUAAGAAGCUCGACUCCCUGGUGCAGAAGCUGCAGGACUUCAUGACUCAGUCGGUCGGCGAGGAAGAGGCGGAGGCAGAAAUCAUGGGCUCCGACGGCAACGAGGAGGAGGCUCCCGCCGACGCGAAGACGCCGCCUCUUGCGGACAAGACGAGAGACAAGGAUACAAGUUCUCCCAGCCCACAGGCCGGUCCAUCGCGCUCACGAAGGAAGCCCACGCACGUCGUGAAGGUCGUCGCUUCCGAUGAGGACAACAACGACGACGAUCUGGCCGAAGAUGACGACGCCAGGAACAAAGACCAAGGCAACGAAAACAACGAUGACAACAACGAUGACAACGACGAUGUUGAGGACGGGCAGGAGGUGGAUGAUGACGACGGUGGUGGUGACGACGACGACGGUAACAACCGUGGUGGUGGCGAUGGUGGUGGAUCUAAGGGGCGAGUGGUUGGAGGGCGAGGAGGAGGAGGAGGAAGGAGGACGAGGGACAAGGAGAGACCAGCGGAGGAGGAGGAGGCGGAAGAUUCCGCUGAUGCCUCCAUGGAUGUCUCGGAACUUCCUGAAGGCACGGUGGUGGUGGAGCCCGAGGCGGUCCAGGAUGAGAAGCGUGAUGCCUUCCGCGGUCCAGAGUUCCGAGGAGGAAGUGAAGGAGGAGGUGGUGGAGGAGGAGGAGGAGGGAGUGAAGGGAGGUCCGGGAAGUCACGGCGAUUGGUGCAUUGCGCAGCUUGCGCUUACGCCGCUGGGGUCACCGGUGCCCGCCCGCCGGUGCACGAGAUGCUGAACACGAGCCGGGCGCAGGUCGCGGACGCCCACACUCGCCUGGCGCAGAACAAACUCGACUCGGCCGAGGAGAUCCUUCGCAGGGUGAGGAACACGAACCCGACGCUGAACGAGAGCCAGGUGCUGGAGGUGUGUCAGCUGGUGCAGCGGAACCAGCAGGCCGACCGGCGGCGCUUCGAGGGCAACUACCAGGAGCUGCUGGCACGCCACCAGAUGAUCUUCCAGGCCUACCAGAGCUUGGCCCAGCAGACGGCGCAGAUGCAGGCACAAGCCAUGCUGCAGCAGCAGCAGCACCAGCAGCAGCUGCUCACCAUGCAGGCGGCCGCCGCCUACAGACCGCACAUUGGCGGCCUUCACGGCCUGCUGCAGCAGCAGCAGCAGCAGCGUGGCGGUAUUGGUGUCGGCGGCGCUAUGCCCGGCUCGUCCUCCGGGGCCGUGCCACAGACGGGGGACGGCUCUCAACAGGAGCCCAUUCUGCUGUGAUUGUGACGGAGCUGCUACGGGCCUAAACGUUGAUUGGCCCGGGGUGAGGGCGGGCACGGGUUGGGGUGGUUUGGUAGGCCUCCUCUGUAGGCCUCUCUGUAGGCCUCUCUGUAGCAGGCCUCCUCUGUAGGCCUCUCUGUAGCAGGCCUCCUCUGUAGGCCUCUCUGUAGCAGGCCUCCUCUGUAGGCCUCUCUGUAGCAGGCCUCCUCUGUAGGCCUCUCUGUAGCAGGCCUCCUCUGUAGGCCUCUCUGUAGCAGGCCCCCUCUGUAGGCCGUCGCCGUGCCCUAUCACCGGGUCACCGCUGUCUCCGCUGUCUCCCCUCGCCUUGGUGGGUCGGAGCGAGGUGAUAAUCGUUGGGGGGGUGGGUGGGUGGGUGGCUUUGCAAGUCGCCCCAUCGUUGUUGUUAUUGUUGUUGGGUCGCUGUGGCCUGUUUGUGGGGUGGGGGGAGGGGGGCGAUUGUGGUUUUGAGUGUGGGCCGGCGGUGGAGGCCCAACUGGCAGGUCGCUGUAGGUCAGAGCGAGCUAGCGUGGGUCGCUGUGGCCUAGCGUGGGUCGCUAAAGCCUACCGUGGGUUGUUAUGGCCUAAUGUUGGUUAUUGGCAAAAUGUGGCCGAAUAUUGGAUCACUGGUUCACUGUGGGUCACUGGGUCAGAGCGAGCUAAUGUGGGCCUCAGUGUGAGCUAAUGUUGGCCACUGGCUUAACGUUCGCCUCUGUGGCCUAAUGUGGGCCGGUGCGAUUUCAGUGUCAACACCGCUGCGGGCUCCAUUGAGAGAGAUUCGGCUCCGUUUGAGCCACGGGCAAAGCGACGGGUGGGGGGGGGCCUCGCUCCAGCCUGUCGUCGUCACAGCCUCGGGCCCCCCGCCCCCCCUCCAGGGAAGGCCACUAACGGCCUGGACGCAAACCAACCACGGGCCCCCCCCCCACUCCCUUCCGUCACAUCCCUGCCCCCACCCCCGAUUUUUUGCUACUGUAUCUGUCGGCGUUGCUGCAGCAUCGCCGGCAAAUUUGUGUUGACCAUCACCAGGGCACUUUUUUGUUUUUCUUUCGGGGGGUCGGGUGGGGGGGGGGCUACAUUCCCCCUCCCCCCCCCCCCCCGCCGCCCCCCAAUGUCAGAAGUCUUUGUUGCGAGGAGCUCCGGUCCAGGAGCAGCGAUGGUGUUGUCGCCUUGGUGAUGUCGUCCGUGUGUUAUUUUUAUAUAGACCCAGAUCAUCCCAGCCGCCGUGUGCAACCGCACCGAUCACGCUCUCUCUCCCGCUCGCCCGGUUGCCUAGCGACCCGCGCGGCCGGUUGCCCUAGCGACCCCGCGCGGCCGGUUGCCCUAGCGACCCCGCGCGGCCGGUUGCCCUAGCGACCCCGCGCGGCCGGUUGCCCUAGCGACCCGCGCGGCCGGUUGCCCUAGCGACCCGCGCGGCCGGUUGCCCUAGCGACCCGCGCGGCCGGUUGCCCUAGCGACCCGCGCGGCCGGUUGCCCUAGCGACCAACGCUCGCGAACCGGUUGCCUUGGCAGCGGUGGAUGGGUUGCCCUCUUUCCGACCGAGCGUCGAUUCCGCGCGGCGUUUUCCCUCGACUUGACGCCAAAACCGCUCGCCGUUCUGUGUCACAUGACCACCACCACCGCCACCGUUUUUUUGUUUAAUUUUUAAUUUUAUUCCCCCGGUAAAUAUUCACCGCGUUACCGCCGCGUCACGGCAAACCGGCGGCUGUAAGGUUGAGAUAAACGUGUCGGAACGA